AUGUCUACAGCACAAAAGAUUGCAGAGAUCGAGGCUGAAAUGGCCAGGACUCAGAAGAACAAGUCCACAAUGGGUCACCUUUGCUUGUUGAAAGCUAAGCUUGCUAAGUAUAAGAAGGAAGUACUGGAUGCUGCUACUAAGGCUUCUGGAGGUGGCGGUGGAGAAGGAUUUGAUGUGGGAAAGACAGGAGAUGCCAGAGUUGGUCUCAUUGGGUUCCCAUCUGUUGGAAAAUCAACACUUAUGUCUAUUCUGACAGGAACUUACUCAGAAGUAUCUGAACACGAAUUCACAACUUUGACUUGUAUUCCAGGAGUGUACAAGUACAAGGGAACUAAGGUACAGCUUCUCGAUCUUCCAGGAAUUAUUGAGGGAGCCAAAGAUGGUAAAGGAAGAGGUAAACAAGUCAUUGGUGUUGCUAGAACUUGUUCCUUAAUUAUGAUUGUUCUGGAUGCUUCCAAGCCACUUACUCACAAAUUCAAGAUUGAAUACGAAUUGGAGGGAUUCGGAAUCAGGCUGAACAAGAAAGCUCCAGAUAUCAAGGUCCACAAGAAGGAUAAAGGUGGUGUAAUUAUUACCAAGAUGGUCCCAUUGACUAAGUUAGAUGAUGAUACUAUUAAAAGUGUUUUGAAGGAAUACAGAAUUAUGUCAUGCGAUAUUGUUUUAAGAUGUGACCCAAGUGUAGAUGAACUCAUUGAUGUAAUCCAAGGAAACAGAAUCUACAUGCCUUGUAUCUACAUUCUUAACAAGAUCGAUAAGCUUUAUAUUGAAGAGCUUAAUAUCUUAGAGAAGGUUCCUCACUACGUCUGCGUUAAUGCUAAGUCUAAGUGGAACCUUGAUGAGCUUGUUGAGAGAAUCUGGAGAAAGCUUGAUGUUAUCAGAGUAUACACUAAGCCCAGAAAACAGCUACCAGAUUUCACUGCUCCUGUCAUCCUAAAAAGAACCCACUGCUCAGUUGAAGAUUUCUGCAGAAACAUCCAUAAGAGCAUGGUUGAGCAGUUCAAAUCUGCCUAUGUAUGGGGCAAAUCUGUUAAGCACAACCCUCAAAGAGUCGGAAAGGAUCAUUUGUUGAUGGAUGAAGACGUAAUUCAGGUGAACAAGAAAUAA